AUGUCACAACGAUUGGUUUCCAGCUAUCGCUUUAUUUUUGGGAUUGUAGUUGUUUGUCUAUCCUCAUACUUCAUUUAUCUAUCUUAUAGUCCACCUGCUAUUUCGAAACUUGUGUUGCAUGAAGAUUACACAGAGAACCAAACAGUACACUUGACAUACAAUCAUCUGUUUUGUGAAAACAUCUUGUAUAAUUUGAGCAAUGGUCAGUGGGUGAAAAAGAUCUAUAGUUAUAAUGUAAGUGAGCAAGAAUAUGAGAAAUUACUGAAUGAAGAAAAAAAAUUGGAUUCCUAUUUAGCUGAAUUUCGCAUUAAACGAGGAAUACAUACACGAUUAUGGAGAGAUGAUAACAAGUGUGGAUUUAAUAAUGUUCAGUCAAAGCCGGAAGGAAAUGCGUGGGCAGCUCCAGCUGGAAGUUGGUGCGAUGCAAAAAGUAAAAAACCCUGUUGCAGCGACAUAUAUGAUGGUCAAUGUGGGAACAUUUGUGACUGCCCCAGUUGCGUCGAUACCAGGAAGAUAUAUCACGCUGAAAUAAGUGAUUGGAUUCCAUUUGAUUCUUCAUGUCGACGAAGGAACUACACAGCAGCCCAAGCUUGUGAAGUUGUCAAUCGAUUCUCUCAAAUUUAUUUUGUUGGUGAUUCUUUUGUGAGAAAAAUGUCACGAGGUUUUAUUUUGACCCUAAGGUCCGAUCCAACGUAUGGAUUUUUACUGGAACGCUACGAUGAUAAGUUCAAGGAAUUAUGUGUAGGUGUUGAUCAAUUCUACUGGACAGAAUGCAGAACAGGUGGCGGAAAUAUACUAGACAUGCUCGUUGACAAAACUCCGUUUUGUGGACCUCGUACGCCACUUAUUAGUAUAAAUGAAAAUAUAAAUCACGCUUCUGCAAAUGACUUUUUAAGUUUGGUGAAAAAGUUAGCAGGAAAAGUGGGUUCAGUUAUUCUACUUGGUCAGGGUGGACACGACGGCUGUAAAUCUAAAGUGACGAUUAACAAGUUUUUGAGCGCAGCAAUCGAUUAUUUGGAAGACUAUUACAAAAAUUCUGACAAAAUUAAUACUCAGUUCGGAAAUUUUAUAAAGUCUUACAUCAGGAGUUCAUAGUUAUGAUGGAGCACAUCACGGUCUAGGAGCAAAUAUUAUGAAAGUACAACUUUUACUCAAUUACCUUGAUUACAUAUCACAGUAGCACAAUUGAACUACUUAUCUUGUAAUAUCUUAAUUUGUAUGAUCAUAAUAUUUGAUUAUAGUCUUUUUAGCUUCCUUUUUUGAGAGGAUACACCAUGUUUUGGGUCUAGGUAUUGACUCUUUAUCAACACGUUUAUGCAAUGUACCAAGUGGUUCAAAAGCUGUGCCAAUUUGGUAUUGUGUACUGAAGUGAACCACCUUAUUAUAAUGUCUGUACACUCAUUUGUACAUAUUUUGUAGAAAAUUGUGUUUCAAUUAGAUUUUCUGAAAAACUAUUUUAAUAUUGUUGUCAGUGACACGUUUACCAACUUGCUUUGCGCAUCUGAUGAAUAAAACAUAACAGCAUAGUUAACACAUUCAUCAGCUGUUAAACUAUUACGUCGGUGUAAAGCAUGUAUAGCAUCCCAUUUAUGUGUCUCUAAUUUUUUCAGGAAAUUCAAAAAAAUCUUUUCUGUGUACACACGUACACAUACAUACAGAUGUAUAAAUAUGUAUAUAUAUAGACAAUAACAGACUCAAAAAAUCUUAUCAACGCUCCUAAAAAAUUUGGUAAAACUUGUAAUAUGAUGAACAAGAUUCGUUUUUAUAUCAUGCUGUUACUGAACAUGUUGCUAUAUCUGUAGUAACGCGUUCAUACUCAUGUUGCUGUUUUCCUGCCUGUGUGUCUAAUUUCCUGUCACCGGAUACGCACCGUGGCCUAUUUUCGAAUCACCCGUAAUCUAAUCACGCUUAUUUACAAGCAAUUGUACAUAUUAUAUCUGUUUUUUAUAUUAUGUUGUUUUAAUAAACGCAAAAGUAUGUCAUA